AUGACAUCACCCCCAGCAUCGCUCGAAGAAUUUCAGGAACGCGAUAGCGGGUGGGCAUUGUCGCGAAUACUCGAUUUAACUGUAAAUAUAAAUAAAUAUAAUCCUUUGCGCGCGGGAUGUCACAUAAAAUUACCGCGGGCGAUAAUAAUGAAGAGAGCGGUGAUCAUCGUGCAAUCUAAUGACAAUGCGUGUUUCGCGUGGUCUGUGGUCGCCGCUCUACAUCCAGCUAAAUUGAAAGUGGAUCGGGAAUCUUUGUAUCCUCAUUAUACGAAAGUGCUGAAUCUCCAGGACAUUGAGGUUCCAGUGACUGCGAAUCAAAUUAAAAAAUUUGAACUUGCCAACGAUAUCUCAAUCAAUGUAUAUAGUAUCGAGGAAAAGAACAUUGUCCCGAUACGUCUGAGUGAGCUGAAAAGAGACAGACAUGUCAACUUGCUGUACAUUGAAGACAACAACGUUAGACAUUUCGCGUGGAUCAAGAAUCUAUCCAGGCUCGUGAGCUCGCAAUUAAGCAAACAUAAUGGUCAAAAAUAUAUCUGCGAUCGAUGUUUGCACUACUUUGAUUCGUAUGACAAAUUACAAUCACAUACGGUGGACUGUCGAGAGAUGAACGAGUGCGCUAUCCGACUACUGAGCGAUAAAGACAAGUGGCUCACGUCCAACAACUAUAAUCGGAAGGAGCGGCUUCCUUUCGUCGUAUACGCCGAUCUGGAGUGUGUUUUGGAAAAGACGGAGGAAGAGAGAAAUUACCAGCAUCACAAAUGUGACGAUGUAUAUGAGAAUAUAAGGCGCAACGUCGACAGAUUCGAUACCAGCGAUUUUGAGGUGGACAAUGUGUACGGUAUACCGCUCGCGAAUAAAAAGAUACCGGGUUUAAUGAAGGACGAGAAGAAUGGCGCCAUCAUUUAUACUUGCUAUCAGUUUUGCGGACCGGGAACUCAUUUAGAAACACGAUUGGCUAGAGGCGAUCGAGGUAUCAAUCCAUUGGAUGCCGCGUGUCGCGAGCACGACAUAGCUUAUUCCCGAUGCAACGAUCUCGGUCAACGAAAUCGCGCCAUGGAAGGUCACGGACUUUAUCUCACUCCAUACAAGCGCGGACGAGGAGGUGUUUUCAUGUGCAAUAAGUUACCGAUAAACGGUAUACGGCGAAAUGAGAGCGGUAUCGUCAAUUUGGAUGACGUCGAUGGUUCCGGUACUCAUUGGGUUGCGUAUGCAAAAAGGGGUGAUCGUGUAGUAUAUUUCGAUAGUUUUGGAAAUCUUCGACGGCCCAAGGAAUUAGUGCGAUAUUUUGGACAGAAUGUUGCGAAUAUAGAAUACAAUCACACGACCUAUCAAAAUUAUAAUCAAGGUAUUUGUGGACAAUUGUGUCUUCGAUUUCUUCAAACGGUCGAUGAUCGAUAUGAAUAUAAAGCCUGA